AUCGCUGUAAUUCAGGUCACCUGGUUGCCUGGACGCACAGCUGGCAGCCAGUUAACCAGAGCCUGACUCACUGGCCUCCGACGCUCCUUUAAACGUUACUGAACAGUACCAGCUGCCCAGGUGACAGUUAUUUGAAGAUAGUUUGUCUUGUGGAACUGAGGGAUGAGCCGCCGCAGAGCAGUGAUCCCACAGAGGGCUGCUCUUCACAUUUUGCCCUGCACAGUGUCCCAGCUGCUGUCAGCUUGUCCAGUCAGCAAUGAUGCGUUUGCAGUCUGCGACUGGGAGCUCAGCCAGGUGUCCGUAGUGGGCCUCAUCAGAGGAUUUGUUCCCUUUGUGACGAACGUCCAGUACUCUGUGGAUGACAUGACCGGUCCACCUUUGAAUGUGAAGCAGUGGGUCAACACGGAGGACUGCGCUCGGACGUUUGCUUCUCCUGGAACAUAUGUGAAGGUUACUGGAAGUCUCCACAAUUUCAAUGGUCAAAGGUCAUUGCUGGCAAUGAAUAUCCGUUGUCUGGAGGACCUGAAUGAGAUCAUAUCCCACAUGUUGGAAGUAGUACAAGCCCAUAUGCAGCUUUUUGGAAAGGCAUUUGAUGUGAAUAUGAAUACCACUGCCGCCUCGCUGUCUGGAAGAGUCGUCAGGCGUAGUGGCGGUGAACAUCCUGAAGGCAUCUUACCAAAUGGUUUGUCCACCAUCCAGGAUCAGGUGUUGCAUGUAAUCAGGAGGUUCUCUGUCCGUGAUGACGGCGUCAGCUUCGAUGACCUGAAGACACAGCUGGACUACUUAAGUACGCGAGACAUCAGAGCUUCCUUGGUGUUUCUGAUAAAUGAAGGUCAUGUCUUUUCUACCAUCGAUGAGCAUCAUUUCAAGUCGACAGAACGUUAGCGGGCUACCUGGAGGCUAGUGAAACAUCAAGACAUCACAGCCCUGGAUGACAGCUGAUCAGGAUGUACACGCUUCCCACAUUUUUGGGGUGACCAAUCUUAAUUGUCUUGGUUAAAUUGAGUUAUUUAUUUAUUUAUUUAUGGCACUGUAGCUGAUGGCUUUGUCUGUCUUGGUCUAAAGAUGUUGAACCCUGUAUAAUUAUGCUCAGACAGAUAAGGAAACCGUUACAGGGUUUAUAGUGAGUCGUUUGUUGCCUGUAAAGAACUACUGCACUGAUGUAUUGCUCAGGCCUCUUUAUGUUUGACUAUAUUUGUUUCUAAUUAAUUUGUGGGUGCCCUGCAAAUGAUGUCAUGAUUGCUGUGCAUAUAAAGAAUUAAGUUUAAAAUGCA